AUGCGAUCAUGCGUUCGAACUGCAAGCAGCCUUCUGCACGGCUGGCGGACGCCCUUGGCCCGCUCUAGGGCCCUCCCGCAUACCUCACGCCUGCUCGAGCGCCUGUGGCCCCCCGCCAGGCAAUAUGCCCAGGCCUUCCGCCCGCAGGGAGAACUGGAGAAACGCAUUGCCGACAUUCCCAUCGACCGGUAUCGCAACUUCUGUAUCGUAGCACAUGUGGAUCAUGGCAAGUCGACCUUGUCAGACCGCCUUCUGGAGCUCACGGGCACUAUCGAGCCCGGCGGUCAGAAGCAGUUUCUUGACAAGCUCGACGUGGAACGGGAGCGUGGUAUCACAGUCAAGGCGCAGACGUGCACAAUGAUAUACAAUCACGAGGGCAAAGACUAUCUGCUGCACUUGGUAGACACGCCCGGUCACGUUGACUUCCGUGCUGAGGUGUCGCGCAGUUACGCCAGUUGCGGAGGUGCAUUGUUGCUGGUCGAUGCCAGUCAGGGUGUGCAAGCGCAAACCGUUGCCAACUUCUACCUUGCUUUCUCCCAGGGCCUGACUCUGGUCCCUGUCUUGAACAAGGUCGAUCUCCCCCAUGCCGACUCGCCGCGCGUACUGGAGCAGAUGCACGAAACUUUCGAGCUCGAUCCCGAAGACGCUGUGCUCGUCUCAGCCAAGACCGGGCUGAAUGUAGCAUCCCUUCUUCCGACGGUAGUUGAUAAGAUUCCUGCCCCUAUAGGAGACCCAAACAAACCUCUGCGCAUGCUCCUUGUCGACUCGUGGUACGAUGUAUACAAGGGUGUCAUUCUGCUGGUACGCAUCUUCGACGGGCAGGUGCGACCUGGAGACACGAUACGCUCAUUUGCCACGCAGCUCAAGUACAUUGUAGGCGAGGUUGGCAUCAUGUAUCCCGACCAGACACCGCAGACGGUCUUGAGAGCAGGCCAAGUGGGAUACAUCUACUUCAACCCCGGUAUGAAACGAUCACAAGAAGCUAAAGUCGGUGAUACCUACACAACACUUGGGUCUGAGAAGCUUGUCGAGCCAUAUCCAGGCUUUGAAGAGCCUAAAAGCAUGGUCUUUGUCUCCGCCUUUCCGACUGACCAGGACAAUCAUGAGCAUCUUGAAGAUAGCAUUCAGCAAAUUAUCCUGAACGACCGCAGUGUUACACUGCAGAAAGAGUCGUCUGAUGCAUUGGGUGCUGGGUGGCGCUUGGGUUUCUUGGGAACAUUGCACUGCUCUGUAUUUGAGGAUCGACUCCGUCAAGAACAUGGUGCAAACAUCAUCAUUACUCCACCAUCGGUACCUUUCAAGGUAGUGUGGAGGGAUGGUACCGAGUCUAUCAUCACCAAUCCCAAUGAGUUCCCCGAUCAAGAUCAGGCACAUUUCAAGGUACAGGAAGUGCAUGAGCCUUACGUCUCUGCAACCAUCACUCUCCCGGAUGAGUAUCUUGGUGAGGUCAUCAAGCUCUGUGAGGCCAACCGCGGUGAGCAAAAGGAACUCACUUUCUUCACGGCUACACAAGUCAUCUUGAAGUACGACCUUCCCUUGUCACAUCUGGUAGACGAUUUCUUUGGCAAACUAAAAGGCUCUACCAAGGGUUAUGCAUCACUGGAUUACGAAGAUGCAGGCUUCCGUAGGUCAUCGAUUACGAAGCUCAAUCUUCUUGUCAACGGCUCCCCAGUUGAUGCCGUUUCGCGUGUCCUGCACACAUCACAAGUCGACAAGGUAGGACGCAUAUGGGUGGAGAAGUUCAAGGAACACGUCGAGCGGCAGAUGUUUGAGGUCAUCAUACAGGCGGCCGCGGGGAGAAGGAUUGUGGCCAGAGCUACCAUCAAGCCUUAUCGCAAAGACGUGUUGGCCAAGCUGCAUGCAAGUGACCUCAGCAGACGGCGCAAACUGCUCGAAAAGCAGAAAGAGGGCAGGAAAAAGCUCCGGGCUGUAGGAAAUGUUGUAAUUGACCAGGAAGCGUUUCAGAAAUUUUUGGCCAAGUAG